AUGUGGACCACAACCUCCGGCUUGCGGGGCAAGAAGCUCCAUAUCGCCAUUACAUUUACAUCCGUCGUCGGAUUCUCACUUUUCGGUUAUGAUCAGGGUUUGAUGUCCGGUAUCAUCUCUGGUGACCAAUUCACCAAGGAAUUCCCCCCUCUCCAUGGUACAUCCGAGCACGUCGCCGUCCUGCGUGGUGCGGUCACUGCCUGUUACGAAUUGGGUUGUUUCUUCGGUGCUAUCUUCACUAUGAUGUACGGUCAACGUAUUGGCCGCACUCCUCUCCUGGUGGCCGGUGGCCUCCUCAUGAUCCUCGGUACUGUUAUCUCUACUGCUGCCUCCGGCCCACACUGGGGACUGGGCCAGUUCGUUGUUGGACGUGUCAUUUCCGGCCUUGGAAACGGCAUGGACACCGCUACUAUCCCCGUCUGGCAGUCUGAGUGUUCGCGUGCUCACAACCGUGGUUUCCUCGUCUGCUUCGAGGGUGCUAUCAUCGCCGUCGGUACCUUCAUCGCAUACUGGCUUGAUUUCGGUCUCUCUUAUGUCGACAGCUCCGUUCAGUGGCGAUUCCCCGUCGCUUUCCAGAUUUUGUUCGCUAUCCUCGUCACUGCUGGUGCUCUUAUGCUCCCCGAGUCGCCUCGUUGGUUCGUCAUGCAGGGUCAUGACCAGGAGGCCCUCCAGGUUCUCGCCCAGCUUAACGAUAGUGCUGUCGAUGCGGAUGAUGUGCUUGCCGAUUUCAAUCUCAUGAAGGCUGAUCUGAAGGCCAUGGAGAGUGUUGAGGCUAGCAGCUGGGCUAUUCUCUUCACUGGUGGCAAGUCUCAGAACUUCCAGCGUAUGAUGAUCGGUUGCUCUGGCCAGUUCUUCCAGCAAUUCACUGGUUGCAACGCCGCUAUCUACUACUCGACCCUGCUUUUCGAGCAGAACUUAAAAAUGACGGGCAAGCUUCCCCUGGUUCUGGGAGGUGUUUUCGCCACUGUCUACGCUCUUGCCACCAUCCCAUCCUUCUUCAUGAUUGAGAGGGUUGGUCGCCGUAACCUGUUCUUGAUUGGUUUCCUCGGCCAGGGUCUCAGUUUCAUAAUCACUAUGGGUUGUCUCAUCGAUUCGAACGCGCAGAACGCUAAGGGUGCUGUCGUCGGUAUCUUCCUAUUCAUCUGCUUCUUCGCCUUUACUACGCUGCCUCUGCCCUGGAUCUACCCCCCGAGAUCAACCCCCUCCGCACCCGUACCAAGGCCGCCUCCGCUUCCACCUGUAUGA